GGACACCCAUCUGGAACUGUCGGGAGACAGCAAAGCAAACUGAGAAAUUCCAUCUUGUCUCUGACCCUCGCCACAACCUGCAGCAGGUGGGCGUGACCUCGCCAUCAAAGGAAGCCGACUUCAUCGUCUAAUUAAACAACGAGCUCGGGAACACCCCACCUGUUGUACAAGCGCUCUUUGAACUGAGGAAUGUGCCGAUGUAUAGCAGGUUGGUUUAGAAAGUUCCACAUGAUCUGUCUACUCGAAAAUCAACAUCGGCGUGAGUCGCGGACGGUCCCAACAUGGCGGAACUGUUUAAUCAUCAACAUUCGGGUGGGAGUCAUUCAAACAAAGAAUAUUGUUGGUAAAAGCUCUAUUUUAUCAAGGGACAGAUGAGUAAGAAUUGGUAUAUCGCAAUAAAUAUGCUCCAUCGAGACGAAAAAAAGGAUUUCAGAUGAAAUUUUCAGCGAAGUUCUGCUCCGGGACUUUGUGUGUUUCCGACGUUGGAGAGCUCCUGCAGGUCACGGUGACUGACCCCGCGGUGUGUGCAGCAGGCCGGACUGGAAUCGCCUGCUCUGGCCUCAUAUUGUCCGGUAAUACAAACGAGUUUCCUGGUGGAAUGCCAAACAGGCGAUAAAUCUCGCUCGGCUGUUUAGCUUCUUAUCUAUGGCACGACAGUCAAAGAGAGAGGAAGUGGUUGGUGGUGGAGGCUGUGAGGUAGGGUGGGCCGGGUGUCUGCUAGAUGCAAGCCUGGAACUCGCAAAGUCUUGGGUGUGGAAGUUAUCCUGGACUUUCCUGGCUGGCUGGGUGGCUGGCUGGCUGGCUGAGACAUUUUUAGACACUAAACCCAGUCACACAGACAGGUUAAUAGAACCUCACUGUGUCAUUGUCGCAAGUAAUGCUCUCAGAGGCAUUUUCAUUAUGUAGUUAUUUUGGGGUCUGGGAGACACAGAACGGGGACAACUGCAUUGACGUCCGUUCGUUGCCAUAACAACAAGACUUCUUCCAUGCCUACUUUUGUGGGAAAAGGAUUCUUUCACUUUUUCUUUAUUACAGGCGAAAAUUUAAUUCCAAUAAUCGAAAUGAAUGUAUCACGAACGGAACGGAAUACUGGCUCAGAUUUGAGAAGCCAGUUUCUUGUCAUGAACUAAAUUCAGUUAUUUGAAAAAUCUUUGUUCGCCUUUUAUGACCAGGUAACAUUGGCGUUUGCUCAUACAGUCUUUUUGUUUUGUUUGUUUGUUUUUUGCUUAAAAGGCAUAUCAGACGUACGUGUUACUGUCUUUCUGUUCUGUUUCUGAGAUGAGUCACAAACAAUAAAUUUAAAGGUCUGGAAUUUAAAAUUAAAAUUUCCGGAGCUGUAUUCUGGGAUUAAUUUCCAGCCAUUUCUUCUACCAGCAGUCUUCAUCCUUCUACAAAACGAUCGAUCAUUAUUGAGUUUUGCUAUGUAUGCCAUCGUUCAGGGUAAUUUAGGUGGCUGUGUUCUAUAAUAUACAUUUAAAAAAAUAUUUAUGCUCCCACGCAUAUUGUUUUAUUGCAAACGUCUUCCUUUCCUUUAAAACCAACAACAAUAGCAAAAACAGCAACAAGAAGAAAACAACAAAUGUUUAAAUCUGUAUGCUGUGGAGAACUUCUCACAGAAUGCAAACAUCCUACAGACCGCCAUUUUCAAAUAAGUCUUACAGUUGGUCCAGCCAUCACUAUUAGCCAACGGUUUUCUUAUCAUUUAUCCAGGAGCUAAAAUGAUUCAAUAUCAGACUGGAGCGGAAAAUACCCGGGCACUAGUCCAGGGUGUAUCAUGUAACUGGGCCCCGACCGUGAAGUCCGUGAUGAACAUCCAGUCCAUUGUAACUGCUCACAGCCUUGUCCCACGGAGGAUGUUGUGCCCCCGGCAAUGUCGUAUCUAACAGUAAACACUACUUACUAUCGGUGGUCGUAUCUCGGGUAUGGCAGGUAUGGCACGCGCCCUGAGCACCUGUGGUAAUAGAGGGCGCCACUGAGUAGUUCCUACGAUAAUUAUCUGCGUACAUCCCUGUCCUUGUGCCUCUUGUUCUGUUUAUUUUAUUGUGUCUAUGGAGCAAUUAUUUGUUUGUGUUCAGUCACAUGCUUGUGCUUCCAUUAGCUGAAAGUGUGAACGAUGUUCACUGUGACUGAACAUCAGGUUUAUGACUAAUUCAACGGUAUUCUGACGGUGUUGCACAUCGCUGGACUUACAGAUAGAUUUGUACGGAUGAAUGGACAUUGAGAGAUGAAGGGAGGAAGAGAGCAAAAAGGAAAUAAUCCGCGGCCAAAGGACUGGUAAAACCAGUUCUAUGCAUGUCUGUGGUCCUGUUCUCACGGUGUAAUACACCAAAGUAAAAGAGACUAAAAAUUAAAAAAAAUCCUAUUAUCUCCAACCCGUCUUCUGCACCCAAACCCCAUCGUCAGUUGUCGUGUCGGUAGGAGGGUGGUGCGGGAAAGAUAACAAGUUCUCUUCUAGAAAGAUCUAAAGCGGUUGCAGCAGUCGUAGCCACGGGUUUCUUGUAUCGCAUCCCGCGCCAACAAUUGUCGAAGCAAUCAGAGGACAAACCGUUGGCCGCGCGGAAUUCUCAGGAAGGCAAAAGUCAACAGUGUGAAGGGUUCGGUUCUUCGCCUGAAGGCACUCGGAGAUGUGGACUGAUGAUAGGACAGGAGAGACGAGGGGGAGACGGGGGUCAGACCCCAGCAAGGUCCGCGGUAAAGGGGAGACUGCGCCGUGUCGGUGGCAGCCACAACCAGUCGUCUGGAACAGGGAGCGGCCGAGCGAUGGACGUGGCCAGCAGAUCAAAGAACUGCCGCCGCCCGAUCACAAACCGUUGAUAAACGGACUUUCGGCUGUGAUCCGGCGCCGCGUCUGCGCACUGAAGGAGAUACGUGUGUGUGUGUGAAUAUACACUUGUUUGAGUGUGUAGCAUGUCUGUAAGACCUGAGUGGAAUGUGUUUGUGUGUUAAUCCAUGUUUUGCAUAUAUAUAUAUAAUUUUAUUUUUAAUUACUUACGUUGGCUCUCUCUGAUGGUCCUGCUUCACAAUCCACAAAGGAAACAAAUUGUGCAAAUUGAUGAGAUCCCAUAUGUCGUUCAAGCAACCCCACCACCAUCUCCUACUCCGCCCCACCCCUCAUCCCCGCUCCGUUCCGGCUGGCUGGCUGGCUGGCUGUGACCACUUGCUCACCGCGAGCCUGCACUGCCGGCCAAUCCGCGCUCUGUUUACCGCCGUCCACGUGGAGUGUGAUAAGGCUAGAGGUGAGGUGGAGGAGCACACCCUGGCCAGAGGUGUACUUACCUUCACAACACAGGACAGUGUGUGUGUGGGCAGCUCAGGAACGUGUGUCUGACCCUCGGUGUAGUGGACACCCUCACCUACACCAGCGUGUCGCUUGCUGUGGAUUAUACUUGAGCUCGUGGGAGGAACAACCACCUCCACCAUUGACGACGCCGAGGCUGGUCGGGAAUGGAUAUUCCAUCAGUCAGGUGGCUGAUGACGAUUGUGACACAGCUACACUCCAUCAUGGUCUGCGCACAAGCGAUUACAGGUGAGGAAUCGCCAAUGAAACCCAAACUCCAACAUGACCAGUCCAAACCGUGCUGCUUCAAUGGAGGUCUCUGUGUCCUGGGUAGCUUCUGCCAUUGCCCGGAAGAUUUUUACGGUCGGCAGUGCGAAUACAAGCUGGGUAGACAACCGUGUGGGAAUGUUCCCCACCUGAGGUGGGUGAAGGCCGGGUGCAACUUGUGUCAGUGUAUUGAUGGCCACAUGGCGUGCUUCCCCAGAGCUUUCGGCGGAUGUGACCAUCUCCCUAUGAAGGAGGCAAAUCCAUGGGACUACAAAGAUGACAUGGUGAUCUUUCCCACAGACACUGGCCACAAGAGUGAUGAUGAUUACUAUGAUGAUUAUGAUACAAAUGGCAGCACCAGUUCAUGUUUUCACACCUGGGAGGGCAGUCAUCUUGUGUGGACUCUUCUGCUCAUCAUCUGGAGGCUGUUGACGUAGCUGUGAGUGUGGACCAUGCUGGCAUGAUGCUAAUACAGGUGUGCAGUCCAAUGCAUGAUGGGAAAAAUGACCACCGCUCGUCAUUCUACGAAUCUCUCCAUGCAGAGGAAGAGGUGAUGCAGCCAGUUUCGAGAUGCUGGAAAUGGACGAGUCUUCCUUGCGACUGUCCAUGAAAACUCGAGUGAGUUCCUGGGUGAUGGCUUGUAAACAAAUCCGCCACACAUGUAGAAUCAAUGUUUCUUUGUGAGGCUGAUUGACAAGUUUGGAGCAUCAUCACGUGAUAUACAAACAUUUUGGUAUCGACAGAGCAUUUUAUUAUGUACGAAAAAGGAUGUAGAGCACGACUUUGUGAAACUUCUUACGAUACCACCCUUUGUUUUCUUUUACCACGGAUAAGACAAACUGCUGAAAAUGUUUCGUGAACAAGCCUACUGGAAUUCAGUGAUUUCUCGGCCAGAAAUGACCACAGUAGGGAAAAAGUGAUUGCAGCUUACAGCAAGUGAUGGAUGAAUGCCUUGCCAUAUGACUGGCAGGCCAUUGUUGGUGCCAAAGUGGUUUUCUUGAAAUGGUGAUGUCUGAGUGCUUGGAUUAAUGACCGCUUGACUUUCAUGCCUCUGCUAUUAACAGUGGACUUAAAAAAUCGUGGAUCUGUGAAAAUGUCUCUUGCCACAGCAUCGCAUGAUCCUCCAUGAAACAAUAGGAAGGAUUCAUCUUUGACUUUCUCCCUGUAUGUAAUGUUUGCCAUCGUUGGUUAAGAAGUGGAUUGUAAUAGGAAUGAGACAGGAAUCUUUUGCAUACCCCAGUCCUUACUGUCUUGUAGUUUGCCUUUAAGGACUAACCUAGGGGCGCCAAGAGGAGAUACAGGGAAGGCAAACCCAAUUUCUGAAAGAAUCUAAAUCUUAUGUGUUCUAAUGAAUGGGACUGUUAGUUUAAAUGCUGUGCUACCUCUCAUCAGGCAAAUUCCACUCCCGACACACCAUGUUCAUCAUCUUUGGUCAUGUAACCCCCAUCCCAUGUUCUGAACUUCCAUUUGUGAAAAAUAUUUACAUACUCGUGCACUGUCUCUGCUCUUUCUGUCCUGUCAUUAUAAUGGCUGUGAUAAAGUAUAUGCAUGUCAACCAUGCGCAUGUGUGUGUGUGUACAUGAAUAUGCAUGUGUAUAGACAGCAAUGGAAUUCUGCAAGGAUGAAUGAUGGGGAAUAGGAUUGUGUAAAUUCUUAAAACCGUUGCAUGAAAUGGAAAGUCAUUUUUAUGAUGUACAUAAGAAUCUGCAUUUUAAAUAUUGCUUGUUUGGUUGUCAGUAAAUAAAAAUGAUUUCUCUGAAUUUGUUAUACA